CCUGCUGGAGUUUAUGGAAGACGCAAGAGAGUGUUUUGAGCAGCCUUGGUUGAAGGCAAUGACCAACGAGUUCCACGACCAAGUGAGCUGGCUCGGCUUGGCACUCGCUGGUGAAUGGAAGCGUGCAUGUGCCGUUGGCCCGAAGUUGUCACCAAAAGUCUUGGAAGCAUUGGGCGUUUCUCUGAGCGACACUUACUGUCCCGUGGCGCUGUGGUGGCAACCUACUGUCAAGGACGCUGUUGCAAAACUUUGUCAAACUCACAACAUCGAGCCUCACGAGAUUGCCCAGAGUGCUGACACAUGGUCCGCCUUUCUCGACAUCUUGGCUGCCAGCCAACCACACACGACAGAGCUUAUGCGGCAAACAGCCGUGCUGACUGAACCAUCUAGGUUUUCCAUGGUGUCGAGGACAUUCACAGCCUGAUUUGAUCUCUUCAAGUUUUAAUAUUUAUUGCACAUUGCAGAAGUGAACAAAGAUAGUUUUGUUCCAUCAUUAAAAUUUCCAGUUGAUAGUUGGCACUGGCCUUCCCUUGCCAUCAUA